AAUCCUGUGAUCGUAAUGGCUGGAAGCGUGUCUGCGGAGGCGGCAAGCGGCGCCGGAGGAAUGAACGGUGAUGAUGAUACGAAAAGCAAGCAAGCUCAGAGUAAAUCCGAUCCGAAUCGGAAAGGGUUUACUGAACAAUGCCUUGAGAAAUCAAAAUCAUGUUCUGCCCCCACAAAUUUGGGGAGUGAUGCUGGAGCUUCUUCUGGAUUUGUGAAGGAAGAGCAUGUCGAUGCUACUGGAGCUGCAUUUGUGAAGCAGGAAGAGAAUGCUGAUGCUACUGCAGCGACUGGAGUUGGAUUUGUCAAGAAAGAAGAAGACGUCGAUGCAUCUGGAGCUGCAUUUGUGAAGCAGGAAGAGAGUGCUGGUGCUACUGCAGCGACUGGAGUUGGAUUUGUCAAGAAGGAAGAAGAUGUCGAUGCUUCUGGAUUAGUCGCAGAGGUUGAUCCUAAUCUUGCUUUGGUUGAAAUAGACCCCUCCCACCAGUGGAUCGACGAUUACAUUACUGGCGUGGAACUGCUGUUCACCGAGGAACAGGUUGAAGCACUUGGUGUGCCGACGUCUGCAGACUUUUUCAUACGAUCCUCUUUCGACAACCAAGAUUAUCCUGCUUGUUUCUAUAAGGUGCGUUUGCACCAUGGAUCUCGAACCGACAGCAUGUUCCAACUAGCUGGCCCUAUAUGGGAUGCUCUUGAGCAUCCCAUCCAGCAGAAGAUAGCCCUUCGUGAAACCCUUUCGUUUUGCAAGGAAGGUGAUGUUUUGGUUUGCUACUAG